AUUACCAACUUAUACUCAAAACUUUCAUAAAACUAUAUAUAUACACAAGGUGCCUUCAAUAUCUUCUUCAAAUACCACAAAACAAACAUUUUUCUAGCUCAUUUCCUUAGAAGACAAACCAUAUCUCCUUGUCUCGUAAUUAAUAGGCCAUACAUAUAUACCUAUUAUAUCGACAGGUCAAGUAGCUAGGUCUCGAAAAAUUGUGUUCAAGACCCUAAAAUCUAACAGGGUUUCUAGUCGGAUUAAAUUUUGUCCUAGCCAAUAAAAUGGCCAAGUUCAACAAAUACAUAUCGACUAUAUGUUUUUUUUGUACGAUUUUUAUUAACUUAUCAUCUUCGAUAUCAGCUGAAACAAAGGCCUACAAUGUGCUAGAAUUUGGUGCUAAACCAAAUGGUUUAACUGACACGAGCAAGGCCUUCCUUAGAGCAUGGGAGGCCGCUUGUAAAACGAAUGGUUCGGCUUCGAUUACUGUCCCUAAGGGGAGGUACUUGCUCCAUCCCAUCGAAUUUCGAGGUAGUGAUUGUAACAACAAUGAUAUAACCUUCUACAUCGAUGGAACCAUAGUGGCGCCUCUUGACUAUCAUGUGCUCGGUCGUGUGGAUCGAUGGGUGUGGUUCGAUAGGGUUAGUGGUGUUACCAUUGAUGGUCAUGGUUUCUUUGAUGCCAAAGGUACCUCCUUGUGGAAUUGCAAGAAGGGCAAAAAUGGUAAUAAGUGUCCUCGAGGUUCAACGACUUUAACCUUUACCAGCUCCAACAACAUAUUGAUAAAAGGAAUUACUUCACUAAAUAGCCAACUGUACCAUAUUGUGAUCAAUGUGUGUAAGGAUGUUUUAAUUGAAGCAGUCAAGAUUAGAGCAGCUGGAAAUAGCCCUAACACCGACGGCAUCCACGUCCAAGAAUCUUCCGGUGUUAACAUCAUGAACACCAAGGUUAAAACAGGAGAUGAUUGUGUCUCCAUCGGACCUGGAACUAAAAACUUGUGGAUUGAACGAAUCGCGUGUGGCCCUAGUCAUGGUAUAAGCAUUGGAAGCUUAGCAAAAAGUAUGGAUGAAGAAGGGGUACAAAAUGUAACAGUGAAAACAGCGGUAAUCUCUUACUCCUUAACCGGAGUGAGAAUUAAGUCGUGGGGAAGGCCUAGCAAUGGCUUUGUCCAAGGGGUUGUUUUUCAAGAUGUUCUCAUGCGAUAUGUUUGGAAUCCUAUUAUCAUCGAACAAAAUUAUUGUCCUCAUAAUAAAAAUUGUCCCGGCCAGGAAUCGGGUGUACAAAUAAGUGAUGUGAAGUAUGAAAAUAUACGAGGAACUUCAUUAACUGAAGUAGCAGUAAAAUUUGAUUGCAGUGCUACGAAUCCAUGCACUGGAAUUCAACUCCAAAAUAUCGACAUCAAGUACUACGAUGAAAAUAAAACUCAAUCGUACUGCAAAAAUGCAGUUGGAGAGAUCUCAGGCUUGGUUCAACCCCAAAGUUGUUUAAACUUAAAUAAAGAAUUCCACGUCAUUCGCGUGUCUGAAUGAAUUUUUUAUUUUAUUUUUUUUGAAGAUUUGUGUGUAUAUAUAGUGUGUAUAAAAAAAAAUGUACAAGCGUGUAAUGUUUACGUUACUAUUUUAUCUUACAUAUAUGUCAAUAUAAUCUGUGUUUUUCCAAUUAUUUUAACAAAAACUUUUGCAUGCCCCCGGUUUACAAUAAUUUUAUUGUACAUCGACAUUUUGCGCCUGUGAACAGUAAUAUUUUCAUUAAAGUGACCCUUUUUUUUACAAAAAUUGACCCUUUUUUGUUAUAAAAGUGACCCUUUUUUAACAAAAGUAACUCAUUUUUAGAAAAGUGACCUUUUUUUUUACAAAAAUGACCCUUUUUUCACAAACGUAACCCUUUUUUUCACAAAAGUGACUCAUAUUUUCACAAAAGUAACUUUUUUUUUCACAAAAGUGACCAAUAUCUUCACAUAAAAUUUCCAUAAAUCUCAUUAGUUUUUUGUUUUUUUCCAAAAAUAACCUAAAUUCUCACAAAAGUGACCCAACCUACACUGAGAUCAACAUCAUCUAACUAUAACUCCAAAUUUUUACUCUUCUUCUUCACCAUUGCAGAAAUUAGUAGUAAAUAAGCACUACAAAAGAGUAGAAGGACAAAAUUAAAAAAACCUAAAAAUCGAAUCAA